CCGAGGCGAGCACCGGAGCCCGGCUGAGCCCCGCAGCAGAGCCCCGGCGGAGGGUCCCGGAGCGCGGCUGAGCCCCGCAGCAGAGCCUCAUCUCGGACACCGCUAAACCUCUCCGCAAAGUCCCAUCGGAGCGUCCCGGAGCCCGGCUGAGCCCCUCAGCGGAUCCCGGUCGGAGCGUCCCGGAGCCCCGCUGAACGCCACCGCAGAGCUCCGUCAGAAGGUUCCGUAGCCCGGCUGAAUUCCACCGCAAAAUCCCACCGCUAAGUCCCGUCGGGAGUUCCCGGAGCCCGGCUGAGCCCCGCAGCGGAGCCCCGCCGGAGGGUCCCGGUGCCCGGCAGCAGAUCCCCGUCCGAAGGUCCCGGAGCCCCGCUGAACCCCACGGCAAAGCCCCAUCGGAGGGUGCCGGAGCCCCGCUGAACCCCACGGCAAAGCCCCAUCGGAGGGUGCCGUAGCCCCGCUGAACCCCACGGCAAAGCCCCAUCCGAGGGUCCCGGAGCCCGGUCUGGGCAGCCGCUUGCGCCGGAGCCCGCUCGGAGGAGGCUCCCGGAGCCCGCGGGACCCUCGGUGAGCGGCGGUGCCCGGGGGCUUUCCCCCCCGGUCCCUCCAUGGACUGAGAUGGCCUCGGAGCUGGCCAUGAGCGCGGAGCUGCCCACGAGCCCCCUCGCCAUCGAGUACGUGAACGAUUUCGACCUGAUGAAGUUCGAGGUGAAGAAGGAGCCGGCGGAGGCGGAGCGGCUGUGCCACCGUCUGCCCGCCGGGUCCCUGUCGUCCACCCCGCUCAGCACGCCCUGCUCCUCCGUGCCUUCCUCGCCCAGCUUCUGCGCUCCCAGCCCCGGUGGGCAACCGGCCCCCGGCCCCCCGGCUACCACCGCCGCUUCCCUGGGCUCCAAACAGCAGCUGGAGGAGCUGUACUGGAUGUCGGGUUACCAGCAUCACCUCAACCCCGAAGCUCUCAACCUGACGCCGGAGGACGCGGUGGAGGCGCUGAUCGGUGCCCCUCACCACCAUCAUCAUCACCACCAAGGGUACGAGCCCUUCCGACCUCAGCCCUUCGGGGGCGAGGAGCUGCCGCCGGCUGCGCAUCACCAUCCCGGCCAUCACCAUCACCAUCAUCACCACCUACGCCUGGAGGACCGGUUCUCCGACGAUCAGCUGGUGAGUAUGUCCGUGCGGGAGCUGAACCGGCAGCUGCGGGGCUUCAGCAAGGAGGAGGUGAUCCGCCUCAAGCAGAAGAGGAGGACCUUGAAGAACCGGGGCUACGCUCAAUCCUGCCGCUACAAGCGGGUCCAGCAACGGCACAUCUUGGAGAACGAGAAAUGCCAACUGCAGAGCCAGGUGGAGCAGCUCAAGCAGGAGGUGACCCGCCUGGCCAAGGAAAGGGAUCUGUACAAAGAAAAAUACGAGAAGUUGGCCGGCCGGGGCUUCCCGCGGGAGCCCUCCCCAUCCGCCGCCCCGAAAGCCACCGCUGACUUCUUCAUGUGAGCCGGGCUGGUGGGAUGGGGUGGGAUCCCCUUUUUCUGUUUUUUUUUUUCGUUUUCCUCAUGCGGGUAGAGAGCGAACCCGCCGCUUAUAUUUAAAAAGAAAAAAAAAAUUAAUAUUAUGAAGUCCCCACCGAAAUUUUGGGGAGGGGAAGUUGAACUCCCUCCCUCCCACCACGCACCCACCCAUCGGGACUCGGGGUGGGGGGUCCCGAGGUGGGGGAGUGGGGGGCAGCCCUGCAUGCGGGACGUGUACGGCCACCCGCCCCCCUGCCCGGGAGCAUCAGCGCCAUCCAGGUGGCUUCUCCCCACCUUUUCCUGCGGGUUUUCCCCUCCAUUGGGAUUUUUAUUCUUCGAGGGAUCCCCCACGGAUCGGCCGGGGGGGUCCCCGGCAGCGCUGCGCCCUGCCCGGCCCCCUCCGCCCACCUCCCCCAUUCCCGGCCGGCAAACCUGAGCCACGUUUAACUUAUUCACCCUUGUAAAUAUGUAGAAAGUUAGUUCGUUUUUUGCCUUUUUUUUUCUUUCUUUUUUUUUUUUUUCCUUGAGCCUAUAUUUUGCUUGGUGAUUUACGAGAAAAAGAAAA